AUGGUGCAAGCCAAAUCGAUUAUGUUCAUCCUUGACUCCACUGGAACAGUUGGACAAUCAGGAUGGGAUCAGAUAUUGAGGUUCAUGGACAGAGUUAUCAAUUCUAUUGAUAAAGUUAGAACUGGAGCAAUCAUUCUGUCUAAUGUACCAGUAAUCAAUUUAGAGAUGGGAGAACAUUCUCGUGAUAAACUCAGGGGAGGAGCCAAGGUCGAAAUGGGUACACGAAAGGAC